UCUGGAUUCAUGGCCAGCCGGUCGUGGACUGUCUGUCACCCAGCUGCGUCCAGCGACACUCACCUCGCCUGAGGAGACGCAUCCAUAACGUACCACCGUGCAAGGCUCGAGUUUGCCGCGCUGGCGGCACAGGGCGCCGUCCGAAUCACGUCGUUGUGGUGCAAUUGCUGCACCGGCCUGGCACAUCAUGUCGCGUUGGACAACGGGGCUGCUUCCCCGCCAGUGGCCUCUCGUGUCGGACGGUGGGACGUUCCAAUUGAAGUACAACAGGACGGCGACAUCUGCGGUCGCAUCUUGAGCGUCCAAGGACCAGUCCGUGCCGUUGACGCCGCCCAAUACUACAUUUCAAGACGGUCGUCAACGAUGGCAGUAGGGGACAUUGCUCGCGGCGGGUCGCCCCAGCCACACCGCCGACACCUCUACACAACCUACGACAGCGUUGAAGAUACACGGCUCAUCAUCUCGAUGUGCCUGAGCGUGGUUCUAGUCGCGGCGGGCGUGCGCGUGACCGAUUUCGGCGUCAAGUCGAUGCAGCUAUCUGUGUUUCUGUCGACCCUGGCCGUCGCAUCCAUGGCGCUUGUAUUUGUGGACAACAUUUGGAUCGCGGUGCUCGUCGCAUGUGCUCUCGGAAUUGUCCUGUCCAUCGUCCCAGCGCUGUGCAGGCGGUGCAGCGUUCUUGUCGUUGGGAUGGGGUUUGGCGCGACGGUGGUCAGUUUGGUGUACACACUGGUCCUUGAACUUUUGGACGAGCGAACGAUCGAGGUCGAUGUCGGCGCGGCAACCACGACGGUCAUCGUUGCGAGCAUAUGUGGCCACCGUGCGUUGGAGCGGGACAUGGCUUAUCUCAUCGCGGCCACCAGUUGUACAGGCGCGUUCACGGUGUCUACCGCAAUUGCCGCCGGCGUCCAUGCCCUCGGACGCCAAAGCACCAUGGCGAUAUUUAAGUUUGUCUUGGGCGCGGCCUUGAUGGCUGGCGACAUCGUGUUUCAAAAGGCACGGAUGGUGGCGGCUGCGAGGACGCAAGUCCAGGUUGCCACGCCCGUUGACGACGGCAUCGCUUAAUCAAUCGAAUGUAUCACUCUUUGCUGCAGCGGCCAGUGAGGUAUCCCGCUUGAAUUAUUAGUGAUCACGUUGACCAGACGAUUACAACUUCAUUCGUUCAAGCGAGAGGAUGUAGCCCCUUCCUCACGAUCGAUCCGCGGCGAGAUCAUCACAACGUGCCGCUUCUUGCAACCGCUAACGCUGCACUGUCGUGCCAGCCACGUGCGUGCGAGCCACACGGCGAACUUAGUUCUUGCGUCCAGUCAUGCCUGUUUCGACGCAAUACAUCUCUUUUAAGCAGCUCAACAACAAAUCCUGAUGCGUGAGACGCACUCGUACGACGACAAGACAUCAAGCGUAUCAAGGAGCAGUGCGCAUUCAGCCAUGCCCGAUCACCAGUGG